AUGUCGAUACCACCUACAUGGGGGGGGGGGGGGGCACCGCCUCGUCACGCGACCGCCCUGUUGUGCGCAGGCACGCACGCUCCGGCCGCGGGGGCGCAGCCGGUCUGCUCGCACGGGUGCGAGUCGCCAGAGCAGUGGGUCUGCCUCCAGUGUGGCGAGGUCAACUGCGGCCGCUACCUCAACGCGCAUAGCCUGGCGCACCACGGGGCGACCGGCCACGCCACCGCAGCCAGCCUCGCGGACCUGUCGGUCCACUGCUAUCUCUGCCACGGCUACGUCGAGCACCCGCGGCUCGUGCCGCUGGUGGAGAGGCUGCGCGCCCUCAAGUUUGGCGAGGACGCGUUCGGCGGCUGA